AUGCAAAAAGCUUGUCAUGCCGUUGAAUCGAAUGAAGGGUACCAAUUAUAUAUCAAAGCGAUUGAAGAAAUAUGUGAGCAGAUUUACAGAGUCAAUAUUGGAACAAAGUAUCAUGUUGAAACUUCACCAAAUCUGUUAGAUAGUUGUAAUGAGAAGAGAUCUCAAUUUGCGCUAUUGGAUCCCAAUGUUUCAAUCACAAAAGGAUGGAAGAAGAAUGAGAAAGGCAAAGGAAAAGACCAUGUUGUUUCAGGAAGGUUCAAAUCAAUUAUUGAGUUGGUACAAAAAAAAAAGCAUAAAUAUGCAUUAUGCAAAGAAUCAGGUCAUGAUACGAGUAUAUAUCCCAAGACUAAGACAAGUGGCAAUGACCAAAUGACCUGA